AUGUCGUCUCCGACCGAAGGGCAAGACCCUGGCUCCUCCGCGGCAGCGACCUCCCCUGGUCGCCAAAGAGCCCCAACCAUCAGUAUCGAUGAUUCGGCGGUUAAUCCCCAGAUUCAUGAGCCUCCGAGUGCUACAUCCGACAGACCAGCUCCACUUCCUCGAAUCCAAACCGCUGGACUGGAUUCACCUCCGUCAUUAUCCUCACCUCUCUCCAUUUCACCUACAGAUGCUCGAGGUUCACUCGACACUCGGGAAUCGCGUCCGACGUCUCCACACAACGUCUCCUCGCCUCGAAGCCAAUUCGUCGAUGGCACGGCCACUCACAAUUUCUUGUCGGUUCCUGGCUCAAGGGCUAGGGGUACAUCCAUUGAAUCAGAUCUUUCUCCAACCUCGGAGUUUGGAGGAGAUACUCAGAUUGCAUCUACAGGCAAUGAUUCUCUUAGAAAGGCUUCAUUCAACAACAACGACGAUGUUAUGAAUGAUGAAGACGCAUUGCAGCCGGAUCCAGGCACCGAGGAAGAUUUCAAGGUGGAAAAUAACAAAUUCGCAUUCAGCCCUGGUCAACUCAACAAAAUGAUUAACCCCAAAAAUUUGGCCGCUUUUCAUGCUCUGGGUGGUCUAGGCGGUCUCGAAAGUGGGCUGCGAACAAACCGGCAUAGUGGUCUCAGUGUGGAUGAAGUUGGCUUGGAAGGUGAAGUCAGCUUCCAAGAAGCUGUACAGGCCGGGGCAGACGCGAAUGAGAAGUUCGGCACCGUAAAAAGAAGUCAUACUUCAGGCUCGAUGGCGGAAGCAACCAAAACCACCGACAAUUCCUUCUCCGACCGAAAACGUAUUUUCAAGGACAAUCGCCUCCCAGAAAAGAAAGCCAAAACCUUCUGGCAGCUGGCCUGGAUCGCCUACAAUGACAAAGUUCUCAUUUUAUUGUCUGUUGCUGCUGUGGUCUCCUUGGCUUUAGGCAUUUACCAGACGGUUAGACCGGCUCCCUCUGAAGAGCACGAGGCUAGGGUGGAAUGGGUCGAGGGUGUUGCUAUCAUGGUUGCCAUUUUCGUCGUCACAUUUGUGGGUGCCUUGAAUGACUACCAGAAGGAACGGCAGUUCAUCAAGCUCAACCGCAAGAAAGAACAGCGCAAUGUUAAGGUGAUCAGAUCUGGGAAAUCCCAACAAAUUUCAGUCUACGAUAUCUUGGUCGGCGAUAUCAUGCAUCUAGAGCCAGGUGAUCUCAUCCCAGUGGAUGGCAUAUUCAUCGAGGGUCAUAAUCUAAAAUGUGAUGAGUCCUCUGCCACCGGUGAAUCCGACAUCAUUCGGAAAACAGCCGCAGAUGAUGUGUACCAUGCUAUUGAAAACCACCAAAAUCUGAAGAAGCUGGAUCCCUUUAUUCUUUCAGGAGGCAAGGUCUCUGAAGGAGUAGGUACUUUCCUUGUUACUUCAGUUGGAGUCAAUUCAAGCUAUGGUAAGACCUUGAUGUCUCUCCAGGACGAGGGUCAAACUACUCCGCUACAAUCGAAACUCAACAUCCUCGCUGAAUAUAUCGCCAAGCUUGGUUUGGCAGCUGGUCUCCUCUUGUUCGUGGUACUCUUCAUCAAGUUCCUCGUCGAGCUCAAGGAUAUUGAGGGCGGUUCCCAAGGCAAGGGGCAGCGAUUUCUCCAGAUCUUCAUUGUGGCAGUAACCAUUAUUGUUGUCGCAGUACCAGAAGGUCUACCUCUGGCAGUGACCCUUGCGUUGGCUUUCGCAACAACCCGAAUGCUCAAGGACAACAAUCUAGUGCGUCUUCUGCGAGCUUGCGAGACUAUGGGAAAUGCUACCACAGUCUGCUCGGACAAGACGGGAACACUAACGCAAAAUAAAAUGACUGUUGUAGCAGGUACUCUCUCAACCGCCUCAAGAUUUGGAGACCAGGAGGAACCCGUCGUCUCGACUGGUAAUACCAACAGCGAGAAGCAACCGGCGGCUAAUUUGGGCGAUGUUUCCUCCGAUGAAUUUUUCGGUACCCUGGCCUCAGAGACCAAGUCGCUUCUCAAAGAUUCGAUUAUUCUCAACUCGACUGCUUUCGAAGGCGAGGAAAAUGGCGCGAGGGCCUUCAUUGGCUCAAAAACUGAGACAGCUCUAUUGCAAUUCGUGGUCGAUCAUGUUGCCGUGGAAUCGAUCUCUGAAGAGCGCGCCAAUUCCGAGAUUGUUCAAAUGGUGCCUUUUGACUCUGGUCGCAAGUGUAUGGCAGUCAUCAUCAGACUACCAGAUGGCAAAUACCGUAUGUUAGUCAAGGGCGCAUCUGAGAUACUGAUAUCAAAAUGCACUCGGAUUAUGACUGAUCCUACACAAGGAACCGUCGACACCCCUAUCACUGCUGACCAGGUUGAAACUCUCAAUGGCAUUGUAAGCAAUUACGCAUCGCGGUCAUUGAGAACGAUUGCGCUGCUGUACCGGGAUUUCUCAGAGUGGCCUCCGCGAGGAGCUGCUUCAACUGAGGACAAGAAACAAGCCGAUUUUGACAAAAUCUUCAAGGAUAUGAUCUUCUUCGGCGUGGUUGGAAUUCAAGAUCCGCUACGCCCGGGUGUCAAGAAGGCAGUUCACGAUUGCCAGGUUGCGGGCGUCUUUGUGCGUAUGGUCACCGGAGACAACAUCAUGACCGCCAAAGCCAUUGCAACCGAGUGCGGUAUCUUCACCUCUGGAGGUAUCGCGAUGGAAGGCCCCGUCUUCCGGAAGCUAAGCAAGAAGCAGCUUACACAGGUCAUCCCUCGACUUCAGGUGCUUGCUAGAUCAAGUCCAGACGACAAGAAAUUACUUGUCGGCCACCUCAAGAAGCUAGGAGAGACGGUUGCUGUGACUGGUGACGGUACCAACGAUGCACCUGCUCUUAAAACUGCCGAUGUUGGUUUCUCCAUGGGUAUUGCUGGUACCGAAGUGGCAAAAGAAGCAUCUGCUAUCAUUCUGAUGGACGACAACUUCGCCUCGAUCGUGAAGGCUAUCUCUUGGGGUAGAACUGUGAAUGACGCCGUCAAGAAAUUCUUACAGUUCCAAAUCACGGUCAACAUUACCGCGGUUUUCCUGACCUUUAUCUCCGCUGUUGCUAAUGAUGACGAAGCAUCCGUUCUUACGGCAGUCCAACUUCUAUGGGUCAAUCUGAUUAUGGAUACUUUUGCAGCCCUGGCUUUGGCGACGGAUCCUCCCACUGCCUCAAUAUUGAAACGUCGUCCUGAGCCAAAGUCGGCACCCUUGAUCACCAUAACCAUGUGGAAAAUGAUCAUUGGGCAAUCGAUCUAUCAGCUCGUUGUAACCCUCAUACUCUACUUUGCGGGUGCCAGAAUCCUUUCGUACGAUACCCCUGGUGAGCAUGACAGACUCCAGAGCACCAUCUUUAAUACGUUUGUGUGGAUGCAAAUCUUCAAUCAAUACAAUUCUCGACGAUUGGACAACAACUUCAAUAUUUUUGAGGGUAUUUUGAAGAAUUGGUGGUUCAUUGGCAUUCAAUUCAUCAUUGUGGGAGGACAAGCUCUGAUCAUGUUCAUCGGGGGUGAAGCAUUCUCGAUUCAUCGCAUCAAUGGCGCUCAGUGGGGAUAUUCCAUCGUACUGGGAGCGCUGUCCAUGCCCAUAGCCGUGAUUAUCAGAUUGAUUCCGGAUGAGCUCUUUGCACGACUGAUACCGAGUAUACCUCGACGAAAGAAGUCUGGCCCAUCGCUAUUCCUGGAAGAUGAUGAAGAUCGGGUUCAACAAUGGAACCCCGCGAUUGACGAAAUACGGGAAGAGCUCACGUUUCUCAAGAAGAUUCGUGGAGGCCGUAUGGCGGAGCUCGCAUACAAGUUGCAACAUCCUCGAGAUACUUUCAUCCCACGAUCGCGCAGUCCUUCGCGUUCUCGUUCAGAUACUCAACUCCCACAGACUCCUGAAGGUGAUCAUGCGGCAUCAGAUACGUUGACGGCAUCCCCGUCUAGCCCAGAGAAGGCGAAGAGAAGAAACAGAUCUGGUUCCACUUCGGUGUUUGGACCGGCCGCUGCAAUGGCAGGCAUAGUCGCUGGCAGCAUAGGUGGAGGUUGGUCGCCAAUUGAGAGACGACCCGAAGAGCAGGAAACGAUCCGGUUUACACGGUCUCGUUCACACUCGGGAGUUGACGGCACGGCAGGCAUGGAAAUACACCCUGCGACCCCUGCCACGGAUCCCGUUUUCGCCCAAAAUAUGCCCAAGGCUGGGGUGCCGCCGAGUCAGGAUCCAGCUUUGGCACCACACUUUGAGCAUGCACCUCCUCACAGCCCAUCGGUGAGGUCAAAAGGAUCUCAUUCACGGCAGCCAUCAUCCGUUGUUUGA